CGCCGGCUUCCCCUCGGGGCAGCCGUCGGGCGGGAGGAGGGGGAGCGGGGCCGAUAUAAAGCGGCGGGGCGGCGGGCGGUCCCCGCUCCUCUUGGCCAUGCUGCGGCUCCUCCUGUGUCUCCUCCUGCUGCUCGGGGCCGCCGGCGCCCUGCCCGCCCCCCGCCGCCGCCGGGCUGCCGCGCCGCCACCCGCCCCCUACCUCACGCGCUACCUCAGGCAGCAGAUUGAUCACUUUGGAUUUGAUGAAAAUCUUACGUUCCGGCAGCGGUAUCUAGUAGCAGAUCAGCACUGGAAGAAAGAUAAUGGGCCAAUACUGUUUUAUACAGGCAAUGAAGGAGACAUCACGUGGUUCUGCAACAAUACGGGUUUUAUGUGGGAUGUGGCUGAAGAACUUAAUGCAAUGUUAGUAUUUGCUGAACAUAGAUAUUAUGGAGAAUCUUUGCCCUUUGGGAAUGAGUCUUUCAGCGAUUCCAAGCAUCUGAAUUACCUGACAUCAGAACAAGCUCUGGCAGACUUCGCGGUACUGAUUGAGUACUUGAAGAUGACCAUUGCAGGAGCCCGUUACAGUCCUGUCAUAGCUAUAGGAGGAUCUUAUGGAGGAAUGCUUGCAGCCUGGUUUAGGAUGAAGUACCCCCAUGUGGUAGUUGGAGCUCUGGCAGCCUCUGCCCCAAUCUGGCAGUUUGGUGAUUUGGUUCCGUGUGGCACUUAUUUCAGCAUAGUGACUAAUGAUUUCAAAAAGAGUGGGACAGGCUGCUCAGAAAGCAUCCGGAAUUCUUGGAAUGCCAUUAACCACCUUUCCUCAACAGAUGCAGGUUUACAGUGGCUUUCCAGCACGUUUCAUUUGUGCAGCCCAUUAAAAAAUCUUCAGGAUGCUGCUAUAUUGAAAAAUUGGCUGAGUGAAACAUGGAUAAACUUGGCUAUGGUGAACUAUCCCUAUAAAGCGGACUUCUUGCAGCCUCUGCCAGCUUGGCCUAUAAAGGAAGUCUGCAAGUUCUUGAAGGAUCCCCGUCUUUCUGACAAACUGUUGCUGCAGAAUGUUUUCCAGGCAGUAAAUUUAUACUACAAUUAUUCAGGAGAAGCCUCAUGCUUAGACACCUCUGAGACUGCAACGAAGAAUCUGGGCCAGUUGGGUUGGUACUAUCAGGCUUGCACCGAGAUGGUGAUGCCCAUGUGCACGGAUGGGGUCAAUGACAUGUUCGAGCCUCAGAAAUGGGACUUUGAAGCACUUUCAGAAGAGUGUUACAGGCUGUGGGGAGUGAGGCCUCGCCCCUCUUGGAUUCUUUCUAUGUAUGGAGGGAAAAACAUCAGUUCACACAGCAACAUCAUCUUCAGCAACGGUGGCCUGGACCCGUGGUCUGCAGGUGGGGUGACCCAGAACAUCACCGAUUCCCUCGUGGCAAUCGUCAUCCCAGAUGGAGCCCAUCACCUGGACCUGCGCAGCCGCAACCCUGGGGACCCCAAAUCUGUGCAGCAAGCUCGAGCCUUGGAGAUCUGCUACAUGAAGCAGUGGAUUGAAAAGGCCAGGCACAGCCACUGAAGUGGUACUACGACGACUAUGGCCAUUAUACCUCUGUUGGCUUUGCUGGGAGCAGAGCCAGGCCUUAUCGCACGGUCACCUGAGCAUUUCACUCCUGCUUCCUCACCUGUGUUGCAGUGCUAACCGUUGCUCGUGCACAUGAGAGGAGCAGGCGGCAGAUGGAUGGAGAGCAUUCUCAGAUAAUAAGCUGUAGUCAAAGUGCGUAGAUUGAGCUGCCUGCCCUGGCUUGCUUUCCUCUUCUGCUCUUAAACGCUGUACUUUACCGUAACGUGAAGAAUUUCUGUUCUAGGCUUGAUGCCUUCCUUGCUGCGCUAGGUGGUUGCCCUGACUGCUGGCACAUGCAGUGGAUUAAAUGGCAGCGCUGCUGAUGAUAAAAAUCCCGCUGCCUUCAGUGGGAGUGAAUUUCAGACAUCCUCAGCUGGCGUAAGCUGUCACGGCAGGGGCAUGGAGAUAGUGGGGGAACAGCAGAAUAUCACAGUCUUACUGUGAUAUUUGGUGGAGGGGUAGGGAAGGCACGGGAGACCCGGCUGUGCCAUUCGUAAAGAAACUAAACAGCCCUUACCCUUUGGAAUCAAUGCUGGAAAAUAAGUUAAUAUCUUUUUUUUCCCCGCGUUAGUUUUCUAGCAGCUUAUUAAUCAAAGCUGCCUUAGGUGGCUUUUCCAUUCUGCGCUGAGCUGAACGGUCGGGGCUGGGCCCGGACUCACUCUGCUGAGAACUGUCUGAGCGUGCACAAUCUGCAUCAGGGUUUUAUUUCUUCCUUCGCUGUUUGUCCUAAUCCUGAAAUACCUGCCACUGUGAUGAUGGUUACCAAAGAAAACUCUGCGUAUGUUUUGUACGUGUGUGUAUAUGCGUGUAUCCCCCCCAGACACUUCGCUUUUUCAAAUCAGGAAGCUUUCGAAGCUAUUCUCUUGAAGAGCAAAUGUGACACUUGGAUCUUAUGAAGUGACAAAUAAUUGGGGCUGUGCCUUGUGUGGAUUCCCUCCUCCCCCCCGUUCUGUGUAUUGUUCAAAUUCUGCAUGAUCUGUUUGCUGAUGGCUCUUCAAUAAAAGCCUUUUUUUAAAAAAAAAUUGUUUGCGGGACGAACUAUUCAAAACACAGAAUGCAGCUAUCCUCUUGGAUCAGCCUAAAGCCUGAUGCUGAGCUCGACAGCCAGGUGCACCGGGCUUUCUGUAAGGCUUCCAAACCAGACAAACUGCCCUGAUUCAUGGGACAGCAUAUUUGACGUUAAUAAAUGGCUGGGGCAGUCCCCUCGUCUUCCAGCUUUGGCUUCAUUCACACUGGAGCCCUUCUUGAGAAAGGGUUCUUUGCAGUUUAAAGGACAACUCUGUUUCAGAAAGACUCGGGGAAGGCUUCUCUUCCCCAGACUCUUAAAAUUCCAAUUCUGUUGAAAAGUUUCCCCAGCUUUGAUGAUACGCCUGAUAGUUGAGUGUUUUCCUAAGACACCAGGUGGCCUUUUCUGUUCCCAGUCUCCUCCCAUCCUCUGGGAACAAAGCAAAGCCAACACUGAAAUUUUAUCUCUUAAUACACUCCUGUGCAUCUUCUUUCCAAUAGAGUUCCUGGCAUUCCCUCGGCUUGUGUUAAACAUGGCGUUUUGUGUUCAGGCUCCGCAAUCUGAACCUCUCAUGCUCUUCAGCAAGGUAAUUUCUUACGCGACUGUAGAGAACAAGGCCAGAGAAGAACCACCUGGGGAAAAAGAAAACCUACGUAGAACCUGCCCGAAACCUGUUGACUGAAAGCUGUUGGCAGUCUCUUUUCCAAUAAUUCCAGUUUUUGGUACUCUGCUGUGAAUACGCUCUUGCUUGUGUACUUUAUAAUGGCACAGUGGCCUUGAUUUUUUUGAAACAAAAAUGUUUUAUGAUCAAGUGAAUUACAGUCAAGUUUUUAGAAAUAGCGUUUUAUCUCCUUACGUGUUUAUUGAUGUGUGGUAAUGUCCCGGGUUAGUGCGAGGAAUGGAAUCUGCAAGAGUAACUAUAACUUUGGGGAUCACAAAGGGUUUAACUGAGCAAGCAACAGCCUGGUCCAGCUGCUCCCGCUGAUUGCUCAGGGUGCUGCUCCAAGUCCAGAUCCUGGGGUAAACAUUUCCCUGCUCUAUGGAGAAGGACGUGGGGAUAUCCAUGCAUUGGGCUGGGAACAGCCCACGAGUUAACGGCCACUGUACAUCCUAAUCGGCUUGGGUCUCCUUCGCUCUCCCCUGCUGGCUGACUUACUGCCUCGGGAAACAGCUUCUUCUUUGUUGUUUGGAAAGCGCUUUCUGGUUUCAAUCGGCAUAAGUAACUUAAACUUUCAUCCUUCUUUUCUUGCUUUUUUUCACUCCUUUCAUAAGCAGAAAAAAAAUGCCAUUUUAGUAAAAAAGCAUGCAAUUUUCAAUUUUUCAUUUUGAGAAUUUAAAACCAAAAAUUGUUCGGUGUGGUUUUGUGGAUUUUAUUUUUU